AUGGGUUGUUGUUAUAGUUGUUUUGGUAGAGGAAUUGACACAUCAAAGGCAAACGAACGAUCUCAUUUAUUAGGAGCAAGUGGUGAUGGCUCUUCAUACUCUGAAUCAUUUACAAUUAAAUUGAAUUCAAAAACCUUUCCAAAAAUACAAGAAAAAGGUUUAACAAUCUCUAAAUUAAAGAAAAGACAAACAUUAUCACAUCUGAUACAUCAGCAGCAGCAACAAUUACAAGAUCAUAAAGAAAAUUCACCGAAGGAACAAGUAAAUGAUGAAUCGACUAAAUCAUGGCAAAACUCUGAAUCAUCUUCAUCAUCAGGUUUGAUAUUAUCAGAAGGGAAAAUAACCAAUGAAGAUGAAGAAUUGUUAUCGAAAGCCAUGGACGAGAUAAAUCAAGCGCUUAAACAAAUUAAAGUUGAAUAUGUUGGUGAUUUGGUAGUUCCUUUAACAUGGGCUAAUUCUGCACCUAUUAAUAGUAAUAGUACACAGGGAUGA